AUGAUGAUGGUGAGCGACGACUGUCUGGUCGAGUGUAAGAUCGAUGACAGUGAUGAAGAUGAAUCAGGGGAAGAACAGAUAAACACUCCUCCUCCUCCCCCAGAGUUUGCAUCCAAAGCCCCGACUCCUGCACCCAGAGCUCCAACUCCACCUAAAGCUCCAACUCCGCCCGCUGCUCCUGCUACACCGGCACCCACCCAUCCUGUCAGCAGGGAUCCUCACGGUAUCAACGAGCACCUAAAGGUGGAGGUCAGUGACGUGUUGGCAGAACCCAGCACGCAUCAGAGCAUAAAACAAGUGUGGGUUUACAGCGUCGUGGGCUUUGAGAAGGCUCGUUUCUGGACGUACCAGUGCCUCUCCCUGCUGUUUGCCGUGCCCUUCGCUCUCCUGUGUGGCAUUUUCCUGGCCGUUCUUGCCUGCCUACAUGUCUGGUUUCUGGUGCCCUGCCUACAGCUGAGCACCACGUUCCUUCCAUGCCUGCGAUCCUUGUGUCUGUGUGCUAUUGAUGUUGUCAUCACUCCCUUCUGUGCAUCUGUCGCUCUCUGCUGCAGUCGAAUCGCAGUUUCACUGUCGAACAAGGACUGGAUUCAAAUGGGAGACAAAGACAAAGACACUGUAUGA